CAGCCCAUACAUACAUAGCUCUGCAAAAUGGGCUUUUGAGUGUUUCUCGGGGAAGCUGCCGGCGGCGGCUGCCCUCAGUCAGAGCGAACGGCGACUCUUCUGUCAGGGAAAGCUGACAGUUUUCGGACAACCUUCUCUGGGUCCAAAGAUCCUUCCCUGCGAAAGGAAAUGGCGGCAGGACAGGAGGGGAGGUUCCCAUGUCCAGGUCUCCAGUUCCGGACUGUGCUAGCAGAAAACCAGGAGCCAGGAAUGAAAAUGGAGCCGGAGGAGCCACUAGGCCUCAAACCAGCGGUGGGGCCAAGGGAAAUGGGAGACAUCUCACCUGCCCCUCAGGGCACUGUUGGGCAGCAGCUGAGCUGGGGAGGGCCGCACCACAUCAAACAGGAGCCGGAAGACAGGCUGUCGUCUCUCCGCUGGGAAGUCCAGUGGCAGGAGUUCUUGAAGGCAGUACAGGCCCCUCGCUCUGGAGAAGGGAUGCCCCAGGUGCCGGAGACUGUGCCAUGGGGUGAGGUUAAGGCUUCCCCGCCUCCCUUUCAGGGCACAUUGGCUGUCAGAGACGAGAGCGGGACCGGACACCCUCCGGCUUUUAAUGGGACAUCCCGGGCAGCCAACAGCAGGCCGGACACUGCAAGCAGCAGGGGAGGCUGCGGGCAAACGGAAGAGAUCAAGAGGGAAGACGCCAUCAGCUCAGAAGCGCAGCGCCGGCGCUUCAGGCAGCUCUGCUACCGGGAUGACUGGGGCCCCCGGGAGGUGUACGGCCGCCUUCAGGAACUCGGCGCUCAGUGGCUGAAGCCAGAGAGGCAGACGAAGGAGCAGAUCUUGGACCUGGUGGUCCUGGAGCAGUUCCUGACCAUCCUGCCCCCAGAGAUGCAGAGCUGGGUGAAGGCACGCGCUUCCGACAGCUGCUUCCACGCCGUGAGCCUUGCGGAGGAUUUCCUCGCGGGGCGCCAAGAGGCCAAGGAACCGGAACGGCAGGUGCCGAGAAUGGUCCAAGAGGUUGCCGUGACGGAAGAGGAAGGGCCGUCGCAGGAAGCUGCUCAGCGGCCGCUCAGCAGGGAGGUCAAGCGAGAGAACGAGGGAGCUGGUGGCGCACUAGGUGGUGAUGGGGAGCAGAAUGGGACCGAUCCAGAACUGUUCUGGGUGCCACCGGGAAGAGUAUUGGGCCCAGAGACAGAUGUAAAUGCUGGAAACCAAGAUGGCCCAGACACGUUUCACACAUGUGAAAUGGAGAAGUGGAAGAAUAAUUUUGCCUCUUCUCCGGAUGACAACUCCUGUGAAAUAUCACUACAAGGGAUACUCAAAAGGAAGAGAAGGAGCAAAGACGCCAUGAGCAACAAGCUUUUGUGGGAUGAAUCGAACCCUAACAGAACCCCUGCGGGAGAGAAGCCGCACGAAUGUUCGGUCUGCGGGAAAAUAUUCCGCCGCCGCUCAGACCUUAAUAGUCACCAGAGAACCCACACGGGUGAGAAACCCUAUUCGUGCUUGAACUGCGGGAAGAGGUUCAACCGGAGCACCAACCUUAUUUCACACCAGAGAAUCCACACAGGUGAGAAACCGUACAAAUGCGUGGAUUGCGGCAAGAACUUUUGCCACAAGUCUGGCUUGAUAAGGCACCGGAGAACCCACACGGGAGAGAAACCGUACGCCUGUUCGGAGUGCGGGAAGAGCUUCAGCCAAAGGCAGCAUCUGAUCACGCACCAGCGGAACCACACCGGGGAGAAGCCGUUCAGCUGCUCCGAGUGCGGGAAAAGCUUCAACCAGAGCCAGCACCUGAUCACGCACCAGAGGAACCACACGGGAGAGAAGCCGUUUGAAUGCUCGCAGUGCCGGAAAAGCUUUUGCGACAAGUCCACCCUCGUCAGACACCAGCGGAGUCACCUUGGGAAGAAACCGUUCAAAUGCUCCAAGUGUGAAGAAAGCUUCUAUCGGAGCAAACACCUUACCAGGCACCAGCGGAUUCACAUCCAGACUGCAGGGGUCUAAUGCAGCCUUCUCCAAACUCAACAGCCUUCAGAGGGUUGGACUUCAACUCCCAUCAGCUAAGGUGACCAUAUGAAAAGGAGGACAGGGCUCCUGUAUCUUUAACAGUUUGUUUAUUUAGAGUAUUUUCAUCUCGCACCUCAGCCAAAAAAGGCUCCCGGAGUGUCUUACAAUUGAUCAGUAAAGAAGACAGUCCCUGCCCUCAGGCUUACAUUCUAAAAAAGACAUGACACACAAGGAAAAAGGGAUGGGGAGGGAAGAGGGAGAAAAGAAAAAGAAAUUAAGGAGACUGUUCAGGCUGGUGGGAAGGCCCUGCUCCGUCCUCUCAUCUCCCAAUGGAGGGGCAGAUCAACAGCUCCUUCUUCUUCCCCACAGGGUGAAGAUGACAGUUAGCCCUGGGGGGAGGGGGGGCGAUGUCCAACUGAAGCAGGCUCUGAUGGUCUCCCUUGCACCUGGUGAAAUUCCCUCUUCAUGACAACAGUUAAAGCUGCAGGAGCCCUGCCUGGUGUGACCAGAUUUAAAAGAGGGCAGGGCACCUGCAGCUUUAACUGGUGAGAUGAAGCGGAAAUUUCCCCAGGUUCUCCAUAUAUACAAAUGACACCGGCUGAAAUUCCCUUUUCAAUACAACUGUUAAAAGAUACAGGAGCCCUGUCCUCUUUUUCAUAGGGUCACCCUACAUCAACCCCAGCCAGCCUGUUGAUGGGAGUUGCAGCCCAACCCCAACUGGAGGCCGCUGGGUUGGAGAAGCUGAUCUGAUGUCACAGUGAUUUUUAAAUUUAUGGCCGUAGGUAGCGCUUGUCCUCUUAGUUCUCGCUGUCCACAAAUUGUGUUUUGAAGACGGAGGUUUUAGAGACCUUCUGUCACCGUCGUGAGGAAGUAUCAUUUCCAACUGUUUAUCGGCACAAUACACAGAGAGAGAUUGGUGA